GAAGUCUUUUCACUUCUGUGUUCCGUAAAACUCAGAAUUUGGGGCUCUCGUCGUCGUCGUCGGUCUCAGAGAAAGAGAGAAAGAGAUGGGAGGAGGACACGGUGGAGAUGGACACGGUACGACCUACAAGGGCUUCACCGUGCAUCACCCAAAGCGAUGGCAUGUCCUUACCGGGAAGGGCAUGUGCGCCAUCAUGUGGUUCUGGGUGCUUUACAGGGCUAAACAAGAUGGUCCUGUAGUCUUGGGAUGGAGACAUCCUUGGGAAGGCCAUGGAGAUCACUCCCAUGGUCACACUCAUGAACAUGAGGCUUCUCAUUGAAGAGCUGAAAGGUGAAGGCAGGAAACCAUUCAGUAGCGGGUGUUCCAUGUACAAGUGCCAUGCUGCAAUGUAUUCAGACCUCAAUAAAGUCAAUUAUGGACCCAAGAUUUUCUGGAUUUAUGUUUAAUCGAGUAACUGGGAUUUUGGAAUACAUACUGAUGAUCUCGCUUUGGUUUGGUAAAUAUGUUUCAGGAUCAAUUUUUAAUAUAAUUGAUGGUCAUGGAUUGACUUUUGAAUGGUCA